CACAUGUGAGAAGCUAGUCCCACUGUUGGGUGAGAAGAAUAAGAAUGAGUGGAUUGACUUUCAGGCCGACAAAGGGCCGUUGGAUCACCCACCUCAGCCGGCCGCGGUCUCAUGGAUCCACGGGGUUAUUUGUACCGCCCAGCCCUCCUUUGGACCCUGAAAAGAUCAAAGAGUUACAGCGCUUUAUUAGCCUUUCCAAGAGACUGCUAGUGAUGACUGGCGCCGGAAUCUCCACCGAGUCCGGGAUCCCAGACUACAGGUCAGAAAAGGUGGGACUUUACGCCCGCACUGACCGGAGACCCAUCCAGCACAUAGAUUUCAUCCGCAGUGCUCCGGUCCGCCAGCGGUAUUGGGCCCGAAACUUUGUGGGCUGGCCUCAGUUCUCCUCUCACCAACCCAACCCAGCACACUGGGCCCUGAGCAACUGGGAGAAACUUGGGAAGCUACACUGGUUGGUGACCCAGAACGUGGAUGCUUUGCAUUCCAAGGCCGGGAAUCAGAGGCUGACGGAGCUCCACGGAUGCAUGCACAGAGUCCUGUGCCUGAACUGUGGGGAGCAGACUGCCCGCAGGGAGCUGCAGGACCGCUUCCAAGCCCUGAACCCCAGCUGGAGCGCUGAGGCGCAGGGGGUGGCCCCCGAUGGCGACGUGUUCCUCACUGAGGAGCAGGUCCGGAGCUUUCGGGUCCCGUGCUGUGAUCGAUGCGGCGGCCCUCUGAAACCGGACGUCGUUUUCUUUGGGGACACAGUGAACCCAGAUAAGGUUGACUUCGUGCACCAGCGCGUGAAAGAGGCCGACUCCCUGCUGGUGGUGGGAUCGUCGCUGCAGGUGUACUCCGGUUACAGGUUCAUCCUCACUGCCCGGGAGAAGAAGCUCCCGAUCGCCAUUCUGAACAUCGGACCCACACGGUCUGAUGAUUUAGCUUGCCUGAAGCUGGAUUCCCGCUGUGGAGAGUUGCUGCCGUUAAUAGACCCGCAGAGACAGCACUCUGAUGUUCAAAAGCUGGAAAUGGACUUUCCUUUGAUUCCCGCUGCUAAAGAUCCCUAAGGACUCCCCCUUCCCCCCUCCAACUAGUGGAAGCUUACUGACUGCAUCUAUCUGCAUCUAUAGAGGUGGCAGAGCCACGCCCAGAGGCCAGUCCAUCUCUGCACCCUCCUAUUCACAGAGAUGAGAGCUGCUCCCUAAAGAAAGACUUUUCCAAAGAAGUACCUGCUCUUGAUGGAGUAGCUGUGUCACCUUCAUGUCACCAGGAAGAAGGAUCAGUCAGAAGUCUGUAAACCACAACAGUCUGUGAGGGGCAACGUGAAGAUCUCACUCACUCUGGCAUAACCAGAAGGGCAUUUAUAAUUCAUUCAUAAUUCCAAAUGGGUCGUGUCUGGCUGAAGCACUUUGAUAUUUUUGAUGACAUGAGCAAGAACAAACACGGAUUUUUUAUUCACCAAAUAAUAAAUUAUUUUAUUAGCAU